CCUACGUCUGUGGUUGUGUAAUCUCGCAAGUUCUCGCGUCGUUUUGGAGUGCUUGUGGGGAAAUCCGCAGCGUAUGACUGUCAGGCUGCCCGAGAGCCGCCGGUCCUCUGUGCGAAGGCUGUUGAUGGAGGAAGUGCUCUUUUCCUCUGCGUUUUUUGAUUAAUCAUGAAUGCUUACUGCAAUGACACUGCUAGAGAAUUUUUGUCUGAUGUUAGUAAGCUUUGUAGUGACGAUGGGGAGAUUAGGGAUGAUGAAGAGGAAGAAAGCCAUAUAGCAGUGCUUGUGGAUUACCUUAUGAAUGGACAAGGAUGUUUGCUACUUGCCACACUCAAUAAAACUGUUGAUCAGGGUUUGACAUGUCGAGAAGAACUUAUGACUCUAAUUUUGUCUCUUAUACCUUUGGUGUGGAAGAUUCCUGUGGAAGAAGAGCAAGCAGGAGAGUAUAACCUUUUUUCUAAUGGACUGGAAGCAUAUACUGCUAGCGAAAUGGUACAUAUUCCUCAUAAAAAUGUAGUUAAUGAAGAAACAGCCCAUUUUGACUUUUUGCAAAACUCUAAAACUUUACUGAAAAAUAAACCAAGACGUCAGCCCAAAGGUAUGUGUCGCCAUUCAAUGAAGGAUGACCGAAGAUCACUUUCUUCUUCCGAUUCCGAGACUACAAUACAAGACAAUUCAUCAUCAUCAUUGGUAAAGCAGAGAAAACUGUUUGAAAAAUCGAUGACUAUACAUAUUGGAGAGCCUAAAAGAGCUGAAAAAAGUUCACAGCAUAAGAAAGGGGGCCCCUUUCCAGAAUUAGUAUCAGCCAUUUCUCAGAUGUCAACAGAAAUGAAACAAUUAGAAGAAACAACCUCCAUAUCGAAUAAGAAAGCUUCUGCCUUUAAUCUUUGUCAGAUCUUGUUGUCUUUGCUCGAAAAGGUAUGCCAGUUUGAUAUAAUACUAAAUCAUACUUCAGCACUUUCUAGUUGCAUCAUUCCAACACUAACAGAAUACAUAUCAGAAAUUAGCGAUUAUCAUGCUCCUGGAAAGGGAACGCUGGAAAAAGGUUGGACUGAGGAACCUGUGGCAUUAAUUCAGCGAAUGCUAUUACAUACAGUGUUAAGUCUUCUGACUGUUGAGAUUAGCGAAAAGGAUGUUAUGCCUGACAAUCUUAGAAAAAAUCUAAGUGACUUGUUACGAACAUCUUUAAAACUGAAAUCUUACUCAACUAAAAUGCUAGAUUCACACCAACAACUAUUACAAGACACUGUGGACAACAUAAAUCUGUAUAGCUCUCAACAUCAAGCUUUCUUUUUCCCGGAUCUCCUUGAAGGCAUUUUUCAAAUUAUAUACUUGUGUCUUAAGGGUGCAGCAACAAACUCUCUCUAUUUUAGUCAAUGUAUAGAACUUUUCCAUGAUUUCAUUCAUUACAGUGGCUUCAAUAUUCUUGAAAAUGCAGUCCUUCAGAUGGAAUCUUUAGGUCUACAGCAUGAACAUCUGCAUUCUCAGGCUUCUAACCAUGUGAUGAUUCUUAUUAGCAGUGUAUUAAAAAUAGUUAGCCUAAUAAAAAAGGUAAAAUCUGACCAGCUUCAUCAAUCAAUGUGUACAAGAAAAAGGCAUCGGAGAUGUGAGUUCUCGCAUUUUAUGCACCACCACAGAGAUCUAUCAGGACUUCCCAUUUCUCUGUUCAGAAAUGAUAACCUUGAUGAAAGUAUGUGUGGAGAAAUCAGUUACCCUGAAAGAAGUUGCUGCAUAGCCGUGUGUUCAUAUCACUGUUUGCGUUUGCUCCAGAGGGUAUCAGUGACUACUUCCUGCUUGCAUAUUCUCUUAGGAAUUCAGAAUGCUGGGAUUUGUUGCUGCAUGGAUCCUUUAUCAGUUAUCAAACCACUUCUUUAUGCCUUUAAAGUGCCAACUUUAAAAAACAUGCAGCACCACAUUUUAAGUAUUCUUGCACAUUUUUUGCUGAAUCAGUUGGGUGGAGGCAAAAUAUCUAGUGUUGUGAAACAAGCUUCUUGUAACAUGUGUGUGAUGGACAAUGAUCACCUAACAGAGUUAAAGGAUACUUUUCAAGGGAGAGCUGAAACAACUCCUCUAGCAGGUAUACCUUACAGAUUACAAGGGGUUUUACCAUGUGUUGGUUCUGAGGACACGACGUGGAAAUGGAAUUCUUUUGAAGCUUACCAGGAACUCGUGUUUAGCAGUGACUUGCAACUAAGCUUGCAUGUUUCUAGUCACAUUUGCAACUUAAUGCAAGAAGGAAAUGCUGUCGUUCAGCAAAAAUUGUAUACUCUUAUUUUUAAUGGAAUUCUACAAAGAGGGGUGGAAAUGGUUCAUCACUGCCAACAAUCUGGCAUUUCUACUUUGUCUAGCCAGCCUGGCUUUAUCCAGAAAUCAUAUUUACUGCAUGUACUUAAAGUUUAUUUAAAAGAUUUACCAGAGUUGCUUAAAUCCAGGGCAGUUCGAGAAUCUUUCUUAAACUCAAAUGGAUUAAAUCAAGUUACUGAACUUAUCUAUUUAGAUCCUUUGAGGGAUUUUUGUUUAAAAGUAUUUCAGACCCUUAUUUGCUUUGGAGACCAGCAAACAGACCUUUUAGCACCUACUACAGACAUUAGUGAAAAUGAUCCUAAUACACUUGCUUCUGAAUUUUUUGUUCAACCGUUAAAGCCUGAUGAAUACAUAAAUGUUUCACAGAGUUUGAGUAAAUUCUAUGGUGUACUGAGAGAUACCUGUCCAAAGAAAAGAAAGGAUAUCGAUCAGAAGAUAAGCACGAUAAAUCUCUUUCUCUGUUUGGCCUUUUUGAGUGUGAGCAAAGAUGCUGAGUCAGACCUAGAAUUGGUCAAUGAAUCAGAAGACACAUCUGGGUAUGACAGCACUGCGAGUGAACCACUAAACAUUUUACCAAAGCUGAAUGCUGAAAGCUUAUUCUUGCCUUCACCACAACAAAUACAGCAGACAGCAGACAUUUGGGCUAUGUGUUCCUGGCUUUACUUGAAAUGUUCGAUGUUCCAGAAGCAAUUUCACAAAAUUGGCGGAUUUGAUUUGUGUUAUAAGCUUGUUCAUAUGAUGAUCAAAAACUUUCACAGUUUUGAAGAUUUUAGUGCUGUCACACUUAAGUCGCCACAUUCAGAAACUCUUGGUAUGGAAGAAAACUCUGGUAUGGCAUCCCGUGUAAGAGAGGAAACUUUAAUCACCAGCCCAGAUUCUGUGACUAUGUAUCAUCAGUCACGUCUUGCUGAUUCUAAAGAUCAUUUGUUGUCGACUUGGAAAAAUUAUGCUCAGGACUGGUCAUCUGGAGCUGGGAAACUGUUUGAAGCUUUAUUGUCUAUUUGUUUACAUAGUGCAAGAAACAGCCAGUUGAAAUCUGAAUUAGAAUCAUCUCAGCAUAUCCCUAUUCAACACAUCAUGCUUGAAAUACAGGAGUCCCUUUCGCAUUCAAGAUUUGAGACUAAACAUUUAUCACAAAUUUUUGACAGUCUUAUGCAAGUGGCUGUGUCUAAUUUCCCUUUAAUCUGUGAUUCUUAUGAGGAGCAAAGUGAAAAGACACAGAAGACUGAAGAGAUGGUUUUACAACAUGGAGACGUUUCUGAAGAUCCAGAUGAAAGCCACAUGUGCAAGUUAGGCAUUUUUGGAGAGGAAAAAGGAUAUGAAGCAGACAGUGAAAGUAAUCCAGAAGAUGUUUCUGAAGAUAAUGGUGAAGUGAAAACAGAGCUUGAAGAAUCAGGAAGCAUAAAUGACCAACUAGACAUGUUCAACAGUGGAGAACUUCUGUAUCCUGAAAUCUGUGCUGUAGUGCUGAAUUUACUUUCUGGAUAUCAUACGAACACAACCUUAGUUAACAGAGUUUUUCAUACUCUUCUGAAAAUACUGAAGAUGAAGAAAAAAAAUAUUUUGCUUCUAAUUCAGCAAGGAACAACAAAAUCUUUGCUGAAUGGAUUACAAUUUCUUUUCACAAGCACUGAUUCUGGUUUGCUUGAAUGUCAUGAAGUGUUGAUAGACAUUUUGGUUACAUUGAUGAGUCACAGCAUAAAUUCAGAUGAUCUAGCUCUCCUCUUACGGUGUUUUUUGGAAAAUACUUUGCCUGAUGAAUUGCUUAUAAAAGGAAUUCUCAAGAUAACUGAGGCCAGCAAUGGCAUGAUACCUCUGAAACAUCUGACCUUUCCUCUGCAACAGAACUUGGUUGGAGCAAGUGGUGUUGCACAAAAAUCUCCUGGUUUCACAAGUUCAAAAAUAUCAGGAUUCUGUAGAAAAACGAAAACUUGGCAAAAUAAAGAUGUCCAUUGUGAAAAUUCGCUCUCUCCGUGGCACAUUGCACCCAUUCAUUUACAUUUAGUUGGCCAAAAUUGUUGGCCUCAUAUGUCCGAUGGAUUCAGUCUUUCCCUAUGGUUGAAGCUCGAGUGCAAUCAAGAUUUGGAUACCUUGGUGAGAGUAAAGCAAGGAAAGAAAAAAAAUAAGUUUCCUUUUCAAGCACAAAGUACAGUAGCAGACAAGACUGUUGGAGCAGAUUAUUUCACUUGUGACAGACUUUUAGAUGAUGGCUGCAUACAUGUGCUUUCUCUGGGCUCUAAAGUGCUGAUGAUGCAAAUCUGGUUUAAUAUGGUAUCAGGCCGUUUUACAUUUAGGCUAUGCUCGAGUUCAAGUGAUGAAUAUAAAUGGACGUCCUUGGCACAAGUUGAAACACAUGACAAUAUCUUACACCCUGGAAAUUGGCAACACUUGGCUUUCACGUGUAAAGAAGUUUUUGAAAGUAAGAAUAAAGUGUGCAGCAAAAUAAUGCUGUGGGUCUCAGGACAGAGGACUACAGAAGUUACUCUGGAAUAUAAUCCUCCCAGAAAAGGAAACCUAUCUUCUGACAGCAAUCGGACAUUUUGCAUGAUUGGUCAUAACAUGUCAUCUCAAGAAGAUAAUAUUCCUUGUGGAGGACAGCUUUGUUUGGGAAACCUGCUCCUCUUUAAUGGACCCAUUCUUGGGAUAGAAGAAGCAUUUCACUUAUAUUGUCGAGGCCCAGAUUUAACUUCAUUAAUGACCUGCAAGCAUGGCAUGGUUACUAUCGAUCAUUGUAAAUACAUAUCAAAAGAAAUCCUGCAAAAUGAAAAAAUUCAUGAUUUUCUUAUUAAAAACAAAGAAAUGGACUUAUCAUCUUUAUCUGAAAAUCUUGCUGUUGUGUAUGACAUGGAAAACCCAGCAACCUAUACAAUUUAUGAACCAGUUAUCAGGAUGAAAGGAAGCUUGAAAACCACAGUAUCUCAAAGACCAUUUAGUACAAAAGAAGUUUCAAGCAAAUCUUUGGAUUCUCAGGCGCUGAAAAUGUUAAAUCCUUGUCAUGAAAAGAAUAUCCACAGUGUUUUGCAUGAGAUUGGUGGAAUCGGAGCAAUUGUGUUUCUUUUUGCAAGGAUUGUGGAAAUCAGCUGCUGUGAAAAAACACAAUCAUUAGGACUAAAGAUUAUAUUAUCUUUAAUAAAAUAUAACCAACAGAGAAUACAGGAAAGCGAAAACUCUGAUAUAUAUCCUAUGAUACACCAAGUUUUAAUACAGCCGAAAUGUAUUGUGGGAUUUCAUAUUUUAAAGACUAUUCUAAAAGGAUGCACUGACGAUUGGCUACUCAAUAUAAGUGACAAUGCAAGCGUUUGUCUAAAUUAUGAAACUACUGCUGUGAUUCAAGAUGUUCGAUUACUAGAACACCUUCUUUUAGACUGGAAAAUUUGGUCAAAGGCAAAGGUUGGUGUAUGGGAGACUUUAAUGACCUGUCUGGAAAUCUUAAUCAGAGAUAACCAUCCAUACAAAUUGUUUAAUAUAAAGCAGUUAUUAAAAGCUAGAGUGGUGCAUCACUUCCUGCUUGCUUGUCAAGUUCUACAGGAACACAGGGAAGGCUAUAUAACCUCUAUCCCUCGAGAUGUUUGUGGAUCUUACAUAAAAAUUAUUGAAGAAGUACUUGGAUCCCCCCCAGAGUUGGACCUACUUAAAUUAAUCUUCAGUUUUCUGUUGGCUGUCCACCCACCAACAAACACUUUUGUUUGCCAUAAUCCCAAUAAUUUUUUCUUUUCUUUGCACAUAGAUGAUAAGAUAUUUCAAGAGAAACUUAAAUCUGUAAUAAAUCAAAGACAUUUUUCAGUUGGAGAACAAUCUACAACCAGUCCUGUGUUUUCAAGCAAAGGAGCAGAAACAUCUUUAUUUUCAUCACAGCAGCAUAUACAUCUUUCUGUGGUUGAGAGGUCUCGUUCCAAAAGUUUACCAACAUCUCCGUCUUUUUCACCCAAAGUACUGCCGAAAAGAUUAGGAGGAAGCUUAAGCAAAAGUAUUGUUGAUUUGAAAAAGUCAACAGACAGCGAGCAAGCAAUGGCAGAUGGAUUUUGCAAAUCUGAUCACAGAUUAGAAGUGCUAAAAACAGUGGAAGAUCAAAAUAUCAGCAGUUGUGAGUCAGCCCAGACAGUGUGUGAAUCUGGUAUGCUUCCUGAGUGUAUAACAAUUACUGAACCACCUAAAGAAGAUUUGGACCAAUUUGCUUUACAUCAGUCUAGCAAACAGACUUUUCAAGAUGUCAUUGAAGACACAGUUUUGCAGAGGCCUGAUAAACUUAAAGGAAUUUGCUCUUCUAGAAAAGGGCAAAGCAAUAUGGCUAGCAUUAGUCUUGCUUUUCCUUCUAUUGGAUCUUUGCCCAGUUGGGGAGAUGUUCCUGAGAAGAAAAAAUCUGAAGAAUGGGUGGGCUUUUCCUUUUCCCCAGUAUUUGGUCUUACUAAUGUAGAGCCAGUCAACAUGGAAGAGAGAUCGGUGGAUGAGUGCAUGCACCUUGUGUGCUGCGGGCUGUAUAGUCUUUUAUGUGGAGUGCUGAUUACCAUGCCAGAUUUCAUGGUAGCUGAAGUUUUCAAUGAAAUCAUUCAAGCUGAUGUCCUUAUAGUGCUAGUUAAUCAUCCAUGUUCACAAAUUCAACAAGGAGUCCUAAAAUUACUCAAUGCAUAUUUUCAUCGGGCAUCUAAAGAAGAGAAGGAGGCUUUUUUAAAGAAAAGUGGGUUUUCUCUACUUGCAAAUCAGUUGUAUCUCCAUCAGGGAAGUCAGGAGGUUUUGGAAUGCCUGUUAGAAAUGUUCUUUGGAAGACAUAUUGGACUGGACGAAGAAUUUGACGUUGAUGAAAUCAAAACUACAAAUAUUUUCAGGAAAUGGUGCAUCAUCCCAGUUCUUGGGUUAAUUGAGAAUUCCUUACAUGAUGCCAGCCUUUUGCACAACUCCUUUUGCAUUUUGCUUCAGAUCAUUAAUUCAUGCUCAAAAGUUGCAGAUAUGCUGCUCGAUAGUGGUUUGCUGUAUGCUUUGUGCAAUACUUUAGCAACUCUUUGUGGUAUUGAAACAAGUGUUUCCCCGGAUGAAUAUAUUUUACUUGCUUGUGACUUGCAGCAACUGCUAAUAGCUGUUACCAUACACUCCUGCAGUUCAUCUGGAUCCCAGUAUUUUCGAAUUGUUGAGGAUUUGAUAGUAAUACUUGGAUAUCUGAAUGAAAGCAAAAAUGAAAAGUUGCAAAAUAUGGCUGUUGUAAUGCAGUUUAAAAUUAUUCACUCUGCCAUUGAGUUCAUUAAAACAACUUCAAACCAAGACACUCAAGCUGUUUCCACAACAUAUAAUUUCCCUCAGUCUUCUCAUGGAAAAUACCCUAAGAGAAAAAGUACUGCAGGUACACAAAGGUUAUCUUUUGCACAGUCCGACCCUCUUCUAAUUACUAUGCGUUCAUUUGCAAGCAGUGAGCUUACAGAACUAAUGCACAGAAGAAUGAGUCAAGAAAAUCAAAUAAGAGCUUCUGAAUCUGAGUUUGUACAGAGACUCCAGAGGCUGACUGUUCUUGCCGUCAACAGGCUUAUUUAUCAAGAUAUGGAAGAAGAAAAAGGAGACUCAGAAUUAAAUUUAGAACCAACUGAAGAGGAGUUACAGUUGAAUGUUUCCCAUGUUAAAAAUGAAUUUCAAAAUGAAUUACUAAGAAUCUUGAUCGAAGGGAUUAUGCUCUCAGUGGGCUCAGGUAGGACAAGCUCUCCCAAGCAGCAAUGGAAAACUCUAAUUCACCUGUGUACUGACACAUUUCGUGUUCAGCUGGGAAGGCUUUUGGCUCAUUUAUUGUCACCUUCACAGCAAACUGAGAAUCGAAGGAAAGUUCUUCAAAUAGUCACUGAACCAAGGCAUCAGGCUAUUUUAACUGAAUGUUUAAGUCCUGGAUUGCAACAUGGACCCAAAAUGGCUCUGUAUUUGUUUGAAUUGAUGUAUAAUCACAAAGAGGAUUUAACCAAAGAAGAUCACACCAUGGGUGCCUUACUUAUGAAUGCAUUAAAUGAAACUGGUUACAAGUGCAUUCCUCCACAUGCUCCUCUGAAACUGGACUUACUUAAGGCUUCUGAAGAGGAACAAAGAAAAUAUAAGAGUGAAGAUCUGGCAAACAAAGCAGCUUGGAAAAAAACUAUUGCAAAUAAUCAACAAAAACUUUUCCAACGUCUAGAAUCAAAAUUGAAAGAAAUUUCCAAAAUAGCUGGUGAUAUAACUCAGAAUAUAUCUUUAUCGCAAGGAAUGGAAAGAAAGAAUGUUAUACAACACAUUCGCAACAUGUACAAGGUUGAUUUAAGUGCAAGUCGACAUUGGCAAGAACUUGUCCAGCAAAUGACUCAUGACAGGGCUGUUUGGUAUGACCCAGCAUCAUAUCCAACCUCUUUUCAGCUUGAUCCAACAGAGGGUCCGAAUAGAGAGAGGCGACGCUUACAAAAAUGCUACUUGACUAUUCCAAAUAAGUACAUUCUCAGGGACAGACAAAGACAAGAAGAAUCUAUUAAGCCACCUCUGUCUUACUUUUUUGAAGACAAAACACAUUACUCACUAUCUUCUACUGUAAAAGAGAAAGCAGCAAGUGAACUUAUAAGGGUAAAUCGAAGGUGUAUCAAUGUAGCACCAUCAAGUGAAACGAUUGGAGAACUCUUAUUAGGAAAAACUGGAAUGUAUUUUGUUGAGGACUCUUCAACUGAUACGCUAGAAUCAAAUGAUUUGCAGCCUCUUCUUGGGGACUCAGAACCUGCCUCAUUUUCUUGGACUUAUGAAGAAAUAAAGGAAGUACACAAGCGCUGGUGGCAGUUACGAGAUAAUGCAGUAGAGAUCUUUUUGACAAAUGGAAGAACCUUAUUGCUGGCUUUUGACAAUACAAAGGUUCGAGAUGAUGUUUACCAGAAAAUAUUGACCAAUAACCUUCCUAAUCUUUUGGAGUAUGGUAACAUUACAGCUCUGACCCAACUCUGGUGUUCUGGACAGAUAACCAACUUUGAAUAUCUAACUCACUUGAACAAGCAUGCUGGACGAUCAUUCAAUGACUUAAUGCAAUACCCUGUAUUUCCAUUCAUACUCAGUGAUUACACCAGUGAAACACUUGACCUUAGCACCACCUUGAUAUACAGGAAUCUUGUGAAACCGAUUGCCGUUCAAUCAAAAGAGAAAGAAGAUCGCUAUAUAGAUAAUUACAAGUAUUUGGAAGAUGAGUAUAGUAAAGCUGAUAGAGAAGAUGACCCGAUGCCUCCAGUGCAGCCAUAUCAUUAUGGAUCACACUACUCAAACAGUGGCACAGUGCUUCACUUUUUGGUCAGAUUGCCUCCUUUCACCAAAAUGUUCCUUGCAUAUCAAGAUCAAAGCUUUGAUAUUCCCGACAGAACCUUCCAUUCCAUGAAUACAACGUGGCGAUUGUCGUCUUUUGAAUCAAUGACUGAUGUGAAGGAGUUAAUUCCAGAAUUUUUCUACUUACCAGAGUUUUUAGUCAACAGAGAAGGUUUUGAUUUUGGAUUGCGUCAAAACGGAGAACGUGUAAAUCAUGUUAAUCUGCCACCUUGGGCACGAAAUGAUCCCCGUCUCUUCAUCCUGAUUCAUCGACAAGCCCUUGAGUCAGAUAAUGUUUCUCAAACUAUAUGUCAUUGGAUUGAUCUGGUGUUUGGAUAUAAACAGAAAGGACGUGCUGCUGUUCAAGCUAUCAAUGUGUUCCAUCCAGCUACUUAUUUCGGAAUGGAUGUUUCAGCAGUUGAAGACCCUGUACAGAGGCGGGCUUUAGAAACUAUGAUAAAAACGUAUGGACAAACUCCACGCCAACUGUUCCACUCAGCACAUGUGAGCCGCUCAGGAUCAAAGCUUCUACUGGAAGGAGAACUCCCAGCAGCCAUGGGUCUGCUAGUUCACUUUGCAUUUCGGGAAAACAAAGAGAGCACCAAAGAACCUACAUAUCCUAGUCCACUACCUUGGAUACGAGGGCUGAAAUGGGGGGAAUAUGUUGGUUCCCCAAGUGCUCCAGAUCCGACUGUCUGCUUCAGUCAGCCUCACGGGGAAAGAUUUGGAUCUUUACAGGCUUUGCCCACUAGGGCUAUAUGUGGAUUAUCUAGAAAAUUCUGCUUGAUGAUGAGUUACAGCAAGGAACAAGGUGUUCGAAGUAUGCACAGCACUGAUAUUCAAUGGUCUGCAAUACUAAGUUGGGGGUAUCCUGAUAAUAUUCUGCGACUGAAAAGCAAACAGAGUGAGCCCCCUGUAAAUUUCAUUCAGUGUUCUAAGUUGCAUCAGGUCACAAGUUGUGCAUGGGUUCCAGACAGCUGUCAACUUUACACUGGCAGCAAAUGUGGCGUCAUUACAGCAUACUUAAAUCGUUUCACAAAUACCACGCCAAUGGAAAUUGAAGUGGAAUCACAGGUACAAUUAUAUGGUCACUCUGGAGAAAUUACCUGCCUGUUUGUUUGUAAACCAUACAGUAUUCUGAUCAGUGUCAGCAUGGAUGGAACUUGCAUCAUAUGGGAUCUAAACAGGCUAUGCUAUGUUCAAAGUCUCACAGGCCACAAAAGUCCAGUAACAGCAGUGUCUGCCAGUGAAACAACAGGAGACAUUGCAACAGUCUGUGAUUCCGUUGGCGGUGGCAGUGACUUGAGACUUUGGACUGUAAAUGGUGAUCUUAUUGGACAUGUACAUUGCAGAGAGAUAAUUUCCUGUGUUGCAUUUUCAAACCAACCAGAGGGCGUAUCUGUGAAUGUUGUUGCUGGAGGACUAGAAAAUGGAGUUGUGCGGUUAUGGAGUACGUGGGAUUUAAAGCCAGUUCGAGAAAUUACAUUCCCAAAGUCAAAUAAGCCCAUAGUAAGCCUUACUUUUUCCUGUGAUGGCCAUCAUCUUUACACUGCAAACAGUGAAGGAACAGUGAUUGGCUGGUGUCGUAAGGACCAACAACGUCUGAAAUUACCCAUGUUUUACUCCUUCCUUAGUAACUAUUCAGCUUGUUAAAAUGUUAUGAAUUUUAUGUAAUUUGCAAAAGUUUACACAACAUACUAUUAACCUUUUGAAAGAUCUGUGCUUAAAAUCUAUUUUAUUAUAUAAAGCGAAAUAUAUUUAGUCAAGAAAACAUUCAUAAUGAUGUUUUAUGCCUUUUUUAGCAGCAAAAGCCUUACGUUGAGUUGUAGAUAUUUUUGUUAACCCAUACUACUGCCCUUUACAUCAUAUUAGGUUAUUAAUUGUUUAUUAAAAUAAACAAUUGUGUUCCUUUUACUAAAUUAAUUUUUUCAUGUUGGCCCUAAUAUUGUUUUUAAUGUGCAAAAUAUUAAAGUUUACCUGUCAUUUGCAAAAAAAAUUAUAUAAUGAAGUUAAUAAUAUAAUAUGUAUAUUUGUUAUAUACAUUGGUUUAAAAAAAGUGUGUGUUUUUUGUGCGAAAAUGUGCUUUCCUGUUCCUGCAGCUAUUGCCUGUGUCUCUUUAUGCAUAGACAAAACACAAAGUGUGAACGGGACAAGCAGGGCACUGUGCUGUGCACUGAACAAACUGAGCGGGAUAAGCAGGACUCUGUGCAUGUUCCUGGCUUGUCAAUUAGCCUGCUGUGUGCGCCUGGUGCGUGUCACAAAGCCUCAGUGCAUAGCACAGUGCCCUGCUUUUCCCACCACACUUCCUGUAUUUUGCCUUUGCAGCUAUUGCCUGUGUUUUGUAGGCAGAGAAAAAACAGCAGGUUUUCACCCAAAGAUAUAUACAUUUUUUAACCAAUGUAUAUUACAAAUGUACAUAUAAUGUUAUUAUCUACAUUAUAUCAAAGUUCUUGUGAAUGACAGGUACCCUUUAAAUAGAGGAAUAAAACAUAAUCACUUUGAAGAUUUAUAUUUUUUGUUUUAUGUGAUUUCAUUGAAUUGAACUUAAAAGGGAAAUGUUAUUCAAUGGGGUUUCCAAGCUGUUUUUGUUAUAAGGUUUCCCUGAAGAUAAAUUGAUCACAUCAGUAAGCUGUCCAUGUAAUAUUCUAGACCAUCUGCAUACUCUAGAAAUAGACCCUGGCAAUACCGAUAGAGUGCCCUCUAUUGAUCUAAUAGGGUCAUUGAAAAUAGGUUGUCUAAAACCUAUCCCUAGGGUAGGAUCACAUGUGGCGUAUUUUGCUGCUUCCUAUUUUCCUACCUGUUGAAGUCAAAGGGUAGGAAACUCAGCUGCGUAUUUUGCUACCCAUUGACUUCAAUGAGUAGGGAAAUACACAGCAGCAAAAUACUGCACGUGUGACCAUACCCUUAAAUAGUAACUGUCACUAAAUAAACAUAAAAUCAAGAAAAGUAUGAGAUAGAAGUCUUGUGGGACCAUCCUUUAUCACCUUACACCCUGCACAUUCUAUGCUAAAUAGUCUAAAGAUUUUACUUUUCUUGUUAAGUAAUCUGUAAGGCUUCGCUUGUAGAUGCAUUUCACAGUUAAAAGGGGUACUCCGGUGGAAAUAAAAUAUAUUUUUCAUAUGAACUGGCUCUAGAAAGUUAAUUGUAAAUUAGAAGUUGUAUAGUUCUUUUCAGUCGGACACCUCUGUCUGUGUCAGGAACUGUCCAGAGUAGGAGCAACUCCCCAUAGCAAACCUCUCCUGCUCUGCACAGUUCCUGACAAGACAGAGGUGUCAGCAGAGAGCCCUGUGGUCAGACUGGAAAGAACUACUCCACUUCCUCUGUAGCAUACAGCAGCUGAUAAGUACUGGAAGGAUUAAGGUUUUUUACUACAAGUUAAUUUACAAAUCUGUUUAACUUUCUUGCAUCAGUUGAUUUGCAGAAAAAAAAAUUUUCACCAGAGUAACCCUGGUCAUUUCAUACUGAGCUUCAAACUUGCCAUUUCCCAGCUUUUGUGAAACAAUCUGCUGAAAGUUGCUAACAUGAACAUGCUUUAGCUUCCUAUUGAAAGCUGAUUAAGAAUUAAUGACUAACAAAUUCAAUCACAUUCAAAAGAUGUGGAUGCAGCAAAUCCAUUUUAAUACAUUCAAAUAUAUAUUGGCUGGUUUGUGAAUGUAAAUGCAUUGCUGAGAGCUGGAGCCCAUGGGACCUCAAACAAGCUAACUAAAGGAAAUCUGUUAACUUAAAUUGAUGUCCAAAAUUGCUGACACAGCUAAAUAGCUGUUAGGGCAAGUAGACACCUUUUUAUUAAUCUGCCUGUGUUUCCAUAACAUAGAAAGAUGCUUUUACUCUCUGCUGCUUAGUGUCAAAAAAGCAUUCCUAUUUCCUGAAGUGCUGAGGACUGGAACACCUUCUCGCUCUCUCUCUCUCUCUCUCUCUCUCUCUACCAUCCUUGUCUGUGCUUGAUAAACAGUCAUGGCUUUGCUUUCAGCUGACUGUCAGUCAAGCAGAGACAGGAAUGGAAGAGGGGGAAGGUUUGAGUUGUUCUAGACCUCAGCAUUUCUGAAACUGUUUGACUCUCUGCACCAGAUAAUAAAAGCAUUUUUUUAUGUUAUGGCAGUACAGACAGAUAUGAGAGGCACAUAGAGGUCCUAACAUCUAUCUAACAGUGUUAUCAGUUUGGAAAAUGAAUUGCAGCUGACCAAUUCCUUUGAAUUAUUUGUCUACUUUGCUGUCAAGAAAAUCUUCACCCUUUUUUUUUUUUUUUUUUUGCUUUUCCUUUUCAUUGUAUUUGGGAGAUCUGCUAUCCCACGUGUCUUGUCACAUUAAAAUGGAUCUUAGGAAUGUUUAAAACAUCUCUGUAAACACUUUAUAUGCAUUUGAAUAGGAUAUUUUUUAUUUACAGUUUCUGACAAAUAGGCCGUCAGAUGGUACUAUUGUAAAUUAAUGUUACACUGUUUGAAAUUGACCUAUCAUAAUGUAACAAUGAUCCACUGAUAAUGUUUUGGUUCGUUGUUACUUGUAACCCAUUCCAUUGAUAACUGAAGUUGGGAAGAUUUGUACUGUCACUUUAUAGAUUUAACUAAAUCUAGUUGCUGUCGUUUAAGGUCACAUUAUUAUGUUGAAAUGUAUGAAACAUGUUUGCUUAGUUGUUGUCAUGAUUUGUAAAGUGUUAUUUGUCUCAUCCUUACCUGUUUUUUGUGGAUUUAAAGGGAUUGUCUGGUGUCAGAAACAAGUUCUGUAAUAAGUAAAACAACUUACUAAUAGACUGUCAUUUUCAAAAUUUCAUAUUCCACUGGAAUUGAGCUGCAGUCACCUGGUCAGCAAAAAUAAGAGCUUCUCAGAGCUUUUUUCACCUUCUUUGUGUUAGUAAAAUGUAUGAAGGGGACUGGUUUAGUUUGCUUCAAUAAAAAUUUUUGACAUUACAGAACUUGUUGACUUUGAAGGGGUACUCCGCUGCUCAGCGUUUGGAACAAAAUGUUCUGAAUGCUUAGAGCCGGCCUGGGGGCUCGUGACGGCAUAGCUCCUCACCCUCGUGAAGUCACGGCCACCACGCCCCCUCCCAAAAACUUAAAUUGAGCGGGGUGUGACGUCACGAGGGGUGGGGCCAUGACCUCACAAUGCGCCGGUUCAAAGCGUUUUGAACAUUUUGUUCCCAGCGGAGUACCUCUUUAAGCUUGAUGAUCCCUUUAAUUGUAACUUAUCCCCUUAAACAUACUUCUUUCUUAACAUUAAGGAUUAUUUCUGUUCUUAUUAAUAGUCAAACAGUUCACUAGCUGUAAGAUUUUCAUAAGGUGCACGUAGAAACACACACAAAAAUAAAAAGGAUGCUGUUGUAGUGAAACAAUGCUGCAUGAUGGUUCUAAUAAAUCUAUUAUAUUUAAAGCAUUGUUCACAUCUGGACUGGAGGGUGGUAGCCAUUUGUAGAUUCUGUUAUAUUUGGCAGAAGAAAUAGCGUUAAAUGCAGCACUAUUUUUCCCAUCCUACUGGGAUACCACACUUGUACCAGAUUGACCCCAUCAUAAGUGAGAUUGUCAUGUGCUGGUGAUAUAGAAUGUAUGAUGGCUCUAGCAAGGCGUUGUGGCCUACAAUAGGAAUGGAAUUCACAAACGCAAAGCUUUAGUAAGACUAUAUCAGAACCCUGCUUUCAAAUAGAGUCAAAUUUUAUGGAAAAAAUCUUAAAAAAGCAUAUAUUAUAUUUGAAUUUGUGAAACAUUUUUCAGUUGUUAAAUAAUAAUUGUAAAACAAUAAAAGUGAUGAAAAUUACCAUAUCAUUUCUUAUGUAUAUACAAUGUUUUCCAUGUACAGUUAGAAAAUAAAGCAACUGUUCCUUACAAUUAGCUUUUUGUAUUUUACAUUAAAUACUGAUCCAU